AUGGUCAUGUCAUGGCUGUGGGAUUCUAUGAAUCCUGAAAUCAGUGACACCCGCACGUUUUUUACUUCUACAAAAGCUAUUUGGGACUCAAUUCAGCGGACUUAUUCAAAGGCGCGUGAUGCUGCUCAAGUGUACGAGAUAAAGGUUAAGAUGAGUGCGACCAAACAAGGGAAUAAAUCAAUAACUGAGGUCAUUGAGAUGAAAUGUCCAGAUGGCGCUGUUGUUUUGAAGAAUUUCAUUGAAAAGGAUCGUGUGUAUGACUUUUUGGCUGGCCUUAAUCUUGAAUUUGAUCAAGUUAGAAUUCAGAUUCUCGGCAGGGAGAAAAUACCAUCAUUAGAAGAGGCAAUCUCUCUAAUUCAAGGAGAAGAGAGUCGAAGGGGUAUAAUGCUCAAACCUCAAACUCUAGAGAAUUCAGCCUUGAUCACAAGAAGUGAACAACCUCAGAUGCUAGAAAGAGGGGAAGUAGACCUGCAUACCAAGGAGAGUUGCUGGAAAUUGAAUGGUAAACCACCAAGCCGAGAAUGGGGAAAUCGUGGAGGCCAACAGAGGUCUCAAUCUCAGGCACAUCUGACAGAACAAACCAGCCAAGAUGAAAAACAGGAGAAAGGAGGACUCAACAGUGAAGAGAUGGAGAAACUCAGAGGCCUGAUAGGAUCUCUCGAGAAGCCUUCUGGUGCAUGUUCAUUGGCACUCUCAGGAUUAGGAGAUAUCUAUGUGACACCUACCCUCAUUCUCAAAGAUGUCCAUGUACCAAAAUUGUCAGCAACCUUGUUUUAA